UUCCACACACACGCACACACACGCACACACACACACACGCUCACACAUACGUGCACGUUCACCACGGCCAUGCUUCCAGUCUUUGUUGUGACGGUGCUCGCUCUGCUGGUGGCACUCUCUGGAUGUGCGGCGAGUGCGAAUCCGCUGAUGGCUGAAAAGGCGGCGCUCGACGCACUGUUCGUCACCACUCACGGGAGUUCCUGGCUUGAGGCAAGCGGGUGGAACGGGCCGGACGUGUGCAUGUAUGCCGGCGUGCGGUGCGGGAACGCAACGACCGACGACGGCGCUGUCCACGUUGUCGAGCUGCGCCUCUCGAACAACGGGCUGACCGGAAGCCUGCCGAGCGAGGCCGCAGCGUGGGCUCUUCCCGAGCUGCUCGUCCUCGACCUCUCGGCCAACCGGAUGGAGGGCACGCUGCCAGGCGUGUGGGCGAGCGCCAUGCCCAAGCUGGUCGAAAUCAACGUCGGCGGCGAGGCGCUACCGGACGAGGCCAUCUGGGCGUCGAUGUCGCUCAUUGCAAAGUACUUUUUCCACACCAAGGUGUACUCAUCGAACCUGCUGACCGGGCCGCUCCCGCCCGAGUGGGGCUCGCUCUCCUCGCUCCGCCGGCUUGUCCUCACCACCGGUGGCCCUGCGUCGGGUGCUGGCCUGGAAGGUAACUUUCCGCCGUCGUGGAGCGGCAUGACAUCGCUCAAGGUUGUCUUUGCCUCGCAAUCAGGCCUCGGCGGCUCGCCGCUCUCGAGCGUCCUCGCCCGCAUCGUCGGCAUCGAGGAGGUCAUCGUCCGCGACUGCGCCUUUACUGGCCUUCCCGAAGAGUACAAGGACUCGACCAUCUCCAUUUUUGACAUCCGCAACAACCCGCUCAACAUGCCGCUGCCGCGCUGGCUUCCGCAAUGGUCCGCCAUCCGCUCGCUCUCUCUGUCCAACACCGGCCUCACCGGCUCGUUCUACCCCGAGCUUGGAGCGAUGGACAAGAUCGCGGGCCUCGACCUCUCCAUCAACCCCGAUCUCCGCGGGACCAUGCACCCCGAGUGGGGAGGCAUGGCUGCCCUCGAGACCUUUGUCAUCUACGAGACCGGCCUCUCCGGCACCAUUCCGCCCGAGCUGGGGCAGCUCAAGGCGCUCUGGCUCUUUGUCAUCACUUUUACCGACAUCACUGGCACGCUUCCGCCUGAACUUGGUGACAUGACCUCCAUGUACCAGUUGCUGAUCUACAAUAACCCGGGCCUCUCUGGAACCCUCCCGCCCGAGCUCGGCAAGCUGCCCGGUCUCUCUGUCCUCAAGCUCUUCGCCAAUAACCUGACCGGAACCAUUCCUCCGUCGUGGGGCACUGACAUGGCGGCCAUGUACCAGCUCGAGCUUGGCAAGAAUCACCUCGAAGGCACCAUUCCCCCAGGCUUCCCUUUGCUCGCAAAGCUCAAGCUGGAGGAGAACCGCUUGGCCGGCGGCCUCGAUGUGUUGUGCGACAAGCCGCAGCUGCAGACCGUCGAUGUCUCGUCGAAUGCAAUCUCUGCCUUUCCUACCACCUGCGAUGUCUAUGUUAAGGAGCUCAAUAUGGCGUUCAACGCCUUUACUGGCGACAUCCCGUCGGCCGAGCGCGUCCACGGCCUCGUCACACUCAAGGCCUCGCACAACCAGUUCUCCGGCGGCCUGCUUCCCAGCUCAUGGGCAAAGCUCAACGACACGCUUGAAUCGGUCGACUUUUCUCACAACGCGCUGGCCGGCCCGGUCUCGGCGUAUCUGGACGUGCUCAAGCACGGCACCACGUUGGCCACCGUCGACUUUUCCCACAACGCCUUGUCUGGCAUCCUGCAAGACUCGCUCUUCUAUGUCGUCAAUGACCACUUUCUUCAGGGCAUGGUUCGCCUCUUCCUCAACGACAACGACAUUACUGGGCUCAUCCCCACGGUCUUCUCGCUCCUCCCGCACAUCUCCGAGGUCGAUCUCUCCAACAACAAUCUCACCGGCUCGGCCUCACGCAUCACCGACGACGGCGUCUCCAUCCUCGACUUGCGUGGCAACGCCGGCCUUGGCGAGCCCGACCGUCUCUCGCUCCCGGACAACACCAUUGCCGUUUAUCCGCUCAUUCAGCCGAACCCGGCCAUUCCAUACAAGUGCCCGUCGCUCACCGAUCCUGUGACUCGAAGGCUCACUCUUUAUCUCGACGAGGGCUACUACUCGGCCUCGCUCUGCGAGUGUCUACCCAACUACCACGGCUCGAGCGGCGUGUGCCUCCCGUGUGCCCAUCUUGCGCCUGCAGUGACCUGCCACGGCGGCCGGGUCCUGCUCGACGUCGAUGGCGCUGGCACUGCGCUUGUCUACCCUGCCAAUCUUACCAUCAAUCCCGGGUAUUUUGUGGCCUCUACUGCCGCCUCGGGCGCGCCUCUCAUUGACCCAUGCUACCCGAUCGGCGUCGAUGAGACGGCAUGCAACCCGAGCGCUGGCUAUCCGUUCACCUGUAGCGAGGGCUACGAGGACCGGCUAUGUUCGCGAUGUGCUCGCGGCCACUACCCGCAGGGCCGCCGCUGUCGCCGCUGCCCGCGCAUCCUACCGACGAUCCUGGCCAUUGCGUACUCGAUCGCGUUCUGCGUGUGGUACGCCCUCAAUCAGACCGGUGUACGGUCAGUCGUCCUCGCGCCGCUCGUCAAGUCGAUGUUCAUCUUUAUGCAGACCUCGUCGCUGCUCUUUGCUCGCUCGUCGGCCUUUGUGUGGCCGGCCUCGGUCACCACAUUCUUCUCGGGUGUCUUUGGCUGGACUUCGGCCUCGGCCAACAUCCUGACCUGCCUCGGAAGCUCAAACAAUUCGUGGGAAACGGCGUUUGUGGCGUCGACGCUCGCCGUCCCGGUCCUGGUCAUCUUCUGCUUGGUUGCCUACUGCCUUUUGGCCAUCCUGACCAAGGUCUCGCUCAACGGCCUGUUUGGCAAGCCGGAAAAGCACUGGCGGUACGGUGGCAUUCGUUCGGGCCUUGCUGUCCUCAACCUGGUGUACAUGCCGAUCACGGUCGGCAUGCUCAUGGUCCUUCCGUGCCGUGAGUCGGCCGACGGCAAGUCGUACCUCUGGGCUGCCCCUUGGAUCGAGUGCACGUCGUCGUCGGCGACUUGGAUUCGUCUCGUCGUCAUCGGCGCUCUGUUUUCGGUCUUGUACGGCCUCGGCGUCCCGCUCGUCUUCCUCGUCCUCAUGCGCAACCGAAAAUCUCAGCUCAAAAGGCUCAAAGCGCUCAAGAUCGCCGAGGUCGACGGCCACUGGUUCCAGUGGUUCUACGCCGCGUAUCACGACUCUUGCCACUGGUUCGAGUUUGCCAUCAUGGCCCGGCGGCUGGCCAUUGCCAUCAUCGCCAUUGUGCCUGCAACCUCGCUCGCCGUCCCCAUGGGCUUCUUUAUCACCAUUGUCGCCGCCAUGCUCGUCCAGAUCUACACCGAGCCGUUUAUCUUUCCCACGCUCAACAAGCUGGAGCUCAUCACCCUUGUCCAGCUCCUCUUCACCUUUGUGGCCGGGCAAGUCUUCUCAUCGCGUAUCCACGAGCGCGACCUCGCGUCAUCGUCUGGCGUCCUCGAGGUCUUGGUCAUCGGCACUAACGCCGUUGUCGUGGGCCUGUACAUCUUUGUCAUUGCCCGCGAGCUCCACAACCGCCGCGGCCGCCUCACCGGCUCGCCCGACGCCAAACUCAUCAGCGUCAACCCCGGCGUCGGCACCGUACACAAGGAGCGCGCCGACCCGACGCCGCGCACGAUUUCCGCACCCCACACACCGAUCACACGCCCUGCUGUUCUUUCCGGCAUUGCUAACCGGGAGUAUACGUACUCGUACGAGUACUCGGAGGGCUACAUCGACGACGAGGAGCAGGAAGAGGCCGACGCUGCCUGUGAUUUGUUCCUUUCUUCUUCCUCGAUCACGCCACCACCUGCAUCGCUCACCACCACACCCUCGAUCACGCGCGACGCUCUCGUCGCCGACCUCCGCUCGCUCAUCGACGCCUCAAAUGUAGCGCCCAGCGAACGACACGCGGUCCUCGCCUCGGUCCUCGCCACAUGGCACGCUCCGCGGUAGCCAUUGGCCGCUUCCCGC